UUAUGUUAUGGGAAUAGCAGCGCGCGCCCAAGAAGAACAAAAGCAAAAAUUUCUUGUCACUCUCCAAAGUCCAAACUCCAUACAUCAAAAGUUGAAGCUCAAGGCAAGACAGCACGCAGCACGCUGCUUCGACCACCAGCACAAGCGCCGGGUUCUUUAAUGGCGACGACCGAGAUGCCGAAACCCCAGGAGAAAGAAGAACUUCCUAAGCAAACCCUAGAGACACUUCCUGACAAGACUCCGCCCCUCUCAGAACGUCUCGACGAGCCUCCUGAUUAUUUAUCUGGACCUUCUCAUCCAGUAACAGAUGCUUCCAAAAUCGAAGAAAAAGAGCCCAAAGAAAACACCGAAGCUCCAAUUUUUUCCCCAAUGGCUGCCUCCACUCCAGUUUCUGAUCUUCAGAAGAAGAUUCGCCGUGCUGAGCGUUUUGCGAUGCCCGUUCAGUUAUCGGAGGAAGAAAAACGAAGUUCCCGGGCUGAAAGGUUUGGCACGGGUUCUACCUUGCUUGGAUCAGAUGAACUGAAGAAGUCAGAGGAACAGAAGAGAAAGGCGAGGGCAGAGAGGUUUGGCCUUCCAGCACAGUCCGUCACUGAUGAGGAGGCAAAGAAGAAAGCUCGUCUAGCCAGAUUUGCACCAGUUUCCAAGACAGAAUCUUUGGAAGAAGAUAAAAAGAAGGCCAGGGCAAUCAGGUUUGCUGAACCUCCAUCUGGUACUCCAUCGCAAAUGAAUGGAACAGCCAACACUGAGCAGACGGUUACUACGGGUAAGGCCCAUGGAGGAACCUGAACAUCAUUGCCUUCCUUAAACAGUUGCAGCGUUGCCUGUUUUCAGAGGCCUUCCCACAAUGUUCACAGCACGGUCUGUUUUGUUGCAUGGAGAUGCUUUGCUUCUUUUGAGAUGCAUUUGAGAAAUGUAUUUGUAACGGGACAUGAAAAGAUGAAGUUGCAACUCUACCCGUACUGUUUAUAUAUUGUCUUAAAGUACUUCCAAGUUUUCUGACAUUUGACUAAGGCUGUAUUUGGUUGUAAUGCAAAUUUAUUUGCACUGAUGCAAAGGUAGAUAGUCAAAUGAUUUUAAUGCAAA